AAACUUUUCGCUGCAACUCCAUCGGUCCACCUUAAGCGCACACGCAAACGCAGGAGGCGUAGAGRGGAGGUUUCCGCUUCUCAGGCAGGCUCGGACCGCGGAUCACGAAAAUCKCCGAGUGCAGCCCGACGCACCGAGGGAGGAAGGAGAGAAGAGGGAGAAAAAGAGAGAGAGAAGAAAAGCGAACAAACUAAGAGAGAAAAAGAUGUCCGAAUCCAAGUACCGCGAGUGGAUCCUGGAUACUAUCGACUCGCUGCGGUCUCGAAAAGCCCGGCCGGACUUGGAGAGGAUUUGCCGAAUGGUCCGGAGACGGCACGGGUCCGAGCCCGACCGAACCUGCGCGGAACUGGAGAAACUGAUCCAGGAGCAAACCGUGCUGAAAGUUAACUACAAGGGCUCCAUUUCGUACCGGAACGCCGCCAAGGUUCAGCGCAGGAGCAGAAAGAAGGACGAUGUGUCGCUCACGACGGCGGCGGCGCGGAGGAGCGCGGCGGUGGAAGAAGCCAGUCAUUCGGACUUGAGCAACGGGGACAGCGCUUUCGGCGCUGCGGACCCGGACGAGGAUCUGGAG